GAAGGGCGCAUUAGGAGUUGGGAAGUGGGACGUCCAGUGUCACGUGACAUGGGCUGCCAUAGUAACACGUCUCCCUGCCUUGCAUCCAAUCAGAUAUGGACAGUGUCUGUGACGUCAGGGAAAGCAGGGCCUAUAAAUCCAGCCAACGGCCUUCAACCCCCCCCCCCACCGGUCUUCUGGGAUGGGCUACGGGGAGGGGUGGCGCUGUCGUGUCCCAACCAUCCUCGGAAACUGAACCCUCUGAAACGGAGAUGGCGAAAGCGGAGACCUCCAAACCAGAGCCGUAUGAUGCGGAACCAAAACAGGCAAAGCAGAAGACAGCUAAUGGCCGCCGUCGCCGUCGCCGGCACUGCCGUAAGGACAAUUUCUCAAGUUUUGCUACCUAUUUCCCCGGGGUGCUGAGGCAAAUGCAUAAAGGCCUGAGUCUUUCCCACGACUCCGUGAACAUCCUGGAUUCGUUCGUGAAAGAUAUGUUUGAGCGGAUUGCCGAGGAGGCCGGGCGCCUGGCCCGCUACAACAAGCGCCGCACCAUCACGCACGAAGACAUCGAGGCAGCUGUGCGUCUUCUGUUGCCUGUGGAGCUCCGCAAGUAUGCCUUUCUAAUCCCAAAGAAAGCAUCAGACCUACAGCCGCAGUGGAUGGCCGCUCCUGGGGCUCCCGCCUCGGACCUGCCAGGGACCAACCCGGGAAGGAUCCGAAUCCCGCUCAGAAGGCCGCUCUGUGAAGACAAAGGCAUUGACUUGCCAGGAGGCGCCGCUACAAAUCGCCCAUCCUAA